GCGAGGCCAGCGAGUCAACAUGGCCGCGUCCGAAGGACCCUUUUUUUGGCUGGGGAAUGAAACCUUGAAAGUACCAACCGCGCUUUUUGCUCUGAACAGAACCCGUCUGUGCGAUCGGCUGAGAGCAAAGAGCGACGUGCAGCGGAAGUCCAUAGUCCUCCUGCAGGGUGGGGAGCAGACCAAUAGAUACUGCACUGAUACCGGUGUUCUCUUCCGCCAGGAAUCGUACUUUCAUUGGGCCUUUGGUGUGACCGAGGCAGACUGUUAUGGAGCGAUUGAAGUCGACACUGGAGACGCCAUUCUCUUCAUCCCGAGGCUCCCGGAAAGCUAUGCUGUUUGGAUGGGGACGAUCUAUCCUCCGGAAUUCUUCAAGAAGAAGUAUGCAGUUGCUGAGGUGCGCUAUACAGAUGAGAUAAGCACUGUCUUGGCUUCAAAGAACCCUUCUGUUCUUCUUACUCUGCGAGGAGUGAACACGGACAGUGGGAGUGUAACUAGGGAAGCUUCCUUCGAAGGAAUCAGCCAAUUUACUGUAAACAACACAAUCCUGCACCCAGAGAUUGUUGAAUGCCGCGUGAUUAAGACGGACAUGGAGCUGGAAGUCCUCCGCUACGCCAAUAAAAUUUCCAGUGAAGCUCAUAAAGAGGUUAUGAAAGCGAUAAAGCCGGGCAUGAAAGAGUACGAACUGGAGAGCCUUUUCCAACACUAUUGCUACACUCGUGGGGGCAUGCGGCACGUUUUCUACACGUGCAUCUGUGGCAGUGGAAAUAAUAGCUCCGUUUUGCACUACGGCCAUGCUGGAGCGCCGAAUGACAAAACAGUUGAAGAUGGUGAUAUGUGCUUAUUUGACAUGGGAGGGGAAUACCAUUGUUACGGCGCGGAUAUCACCUGCAGCUUUCCGGCCAACAGAAAGUUCACCGCGGACCAGAGGGCCAUCUACGAAGCCGUGCUGAAGUCAUCCCGAGCUGUGAUGCAGGCCGUCAAAGCAGGAGUCUCCUGGCCCGACAUGCACCGUCUGGCUGACAGAGUCAACCUGCAAGAGCUCAAAAAAAUUGGCAUCCUCCAGGGCAGCGUGGACGACAUGGUGAAGGUUCACCUGGGGGCAGUGUUCAUGCCACAUGGGCUGGGCCACUUCCUUGGCAUUGACGUUCAUGAUGUUGGAGGCUACCCAGAGGGCGUGGAACGCAUUGACCUGCCAGCCCUCCGGAGUCUGCGGACAGCCCGUGUCCUGGAGCAGGGUAUGGUGCUGACGAUUGAGCCCGGCAUCUACUUCAUUGACCACCUCUUGGAUCAGGCCCUUGUCGAUCCGGUUCAAGCUUGCUUCAUCAACAACAGCGUCCUUUCUCGCUUCCGACGCUUCGGCGGGGUACGAAUUGAGGACGACAUUGUUGUGACAGCCAGCGGGAUGGAGCUGCUGACCUGCGUCCCCCGCACUGUGGAAGAAAUCGAAGCCUUCAUGGCUGAAGCUCAAGGCGGCACCAAAUCCUUUGAUUCCAGCUCCAGCCAAAAGUAA